GUAACGCCACCAGUUAAUGGAAACAUCCCCAGAACCAAAAAUCAUUUCCUCCAUUUGCACAGAUGAUGUAAACACACAAACUGAGAUCCUCCAUCAUUGAUCCCUGGAAGUAACCGGAAGAUGAUGGAGAUGUGAUGGUGAGGAUGAAAGCAGCGUCUCCCACAUUUAUAUCACUGUGUGCUCAUUGUAUUGCUGUCAGGAGGGGAUGUGACUGCUCAGUGUGUGUGUGGGGGUGUUUGUCAUGAAUAAACCACUAAUGAAAGAGAUGCAGACUUUUUGGGAGAGGAAGGAGAACCAAUCGAGCCCUAGCAAGAAACCUAAACCGCCAAAGCCUCAGAAUGCCAUCACUAUUGCUGUGUCCUCCCGUGCCCUCUUCAAUAUGGAUCAGGAGCAGGACAUUUAUGAGCAACAGGGAAUGGAGGAUUACAUGAACUAUCAGAUCCAACACGAGAACGAGCCAUUCACACCCGGACCUGCUUUCCCCUUCGUUAAGGCGGUGGAGGCAGUGAAUGCUCGACUCAGAGAUCUGGACCCAGACAGUGAAGAGCUCUUUGAUGUGGUUCUGAUGACCAGCAAUCAUGCUCAUGUGGGACUUCGGCUCAUAAACUCAAUUAAUCAUCACCAGCUGUUUAUAGAGCGCUUUUGCAUGACUGGAGGCAACAGCCCUAUUGGCUAUCUGAAAGCGUACCACACCAACCUUUAUCUGUCAGCGGAUUCACUGAAGGUUAGAGAAGCCAUUGAAGAAGGAAUUGCAGCAGCUACAGUAUUCUCACAAGGAAAAACCACAGAGGUGUCGGAGACUCAGCUGCGCGUGGCCUUCGAUGGAGAUGCCGUUCUCUUCUCGGAUGAGUCGGAGAGAAUUUACAAAGCCCAAGGACUGGACAAGUUCUUUGAACACGAGAAAGCCCAUGAAAAUAAACCUCUUGAUCAUGGACCACUUAAAGGGUUCCUGGAAGCUCUGGGGAGACUGCAACAGAAAUUCUAUGCCAAAGGCCAGCGCUUGGACUGUCCCAUCCGCACCUAUUUGGUCACAGCUCGCAGUGCAGCCAGUUCAGGCACCCGGGCCCUCAAGACGCUGCGUUCAUGGGGCCUGGAGACAGACGAGGCUCUCUUCCUAGCAGGAGCCCCUAAAGGCCCCAUGCUGGAAAAGAUCAGACCUCACAUCUUCUUCGAUGAUCAAAUGUUCCACGUGGAAGGAGCAGCAGAACUGGGAACUGUGGCGGCUCAUGUUCCCUACGGAAUUGCCCAGAGGUUUCCAUCAAAGACAGGGAAGGAAGUAAAAAAAGACUUCUCAGCCAAGCAGCUUGUGUGAAUACUGGUCAAUCAAGUGCUUUAAGCAAAGCCUUUAAUAUUUUCACACUUUUCUUUAUAAUUGGCCAAAUUGCUAUUUUUUGAAUGCCAAAUUGAGCAUUUUUGAAUGCCAAAUUGAGUUUUGCUUUUCCAUUUUCCAAAAAUGGACCAGUUUGUCCAUGAUAGACCAUCUGCAUAGUUCUGACGUUGUUCACUUGCUUGUAUAGCAAGCCAUAAAUAAACAGAGAAAGAAACUGUUAUUGGAUAAGUGGUAUUUUACCGUUUUCUGUUCUGAUUUUAAAGUACACGCUAUUUAAUUUAUUAUGCGACAGUGUAACUUAUCUAAAGCUAAAAUGCACUAAAUGCUGUGUUGGAUAUCAUAAAUAUCACCUGUAAUACAUAUUUUUGGCUGUCAUAUUGCAAUCACCAUGUUUUGAAUGACCAUCUCUGUGAUUGUUCACUUUAAAGGGCUGUUUUUACUUUAUAUUUAGCCUCUAUCCGUGUAUAUCCGUUAAGCAGUAUUUUGAUUCUUCAGUGUUAUGUACAAAUUUGGCUUAGUUUAUUGUUAUCACUACAGUGUGGUGAUAACAUGUGUUACUCAGGGCAUGCUCAAGUCAAUGUUUCCACUGAAUCAUAAACAGUGUUCAAUAAUAAACAGUGAAGAGGAAAUGUUGAAAACUAGACUAUGUUUAUUUCUCUCAGUUCAGAAUAUUUAACCCCUUAACUGCCACUGUCUUGUUAGUGGGAUGCUUGCUUGGCUCUCUAUUAUUUAUUGCCUUUUUAUCACAUAUUUUGGAGCAUAAAUUAGGUAUCAUUCGAAGGCUUAAAAACUCAAAAUUCCUCUGGUGAAAACAGUUUUGAAAUUGGACAUUGCACCACCAUGUAAACGAUCCUUUAAAACCUUAGUGGGCUCCUCCUAGUGCGCGGUGUCAGGCCCUACAUUUAGCCUAUUUGAACUAUUUUACAAUCCAAAAUGUUUCUAACCUUGACAAAACGCAUAUCGUUGGAAAGGUCUGACACUCAAUGUGUUAUAUAUUUGCGACUGUUUGUGAUAGAAGUGAUAUUUUGAAUUUAGUAAUGAAUUCAUCCGUGGAGAACGUCAAAAAAUUUAUAA